GGUCGCAUGAGUUGGAUGCAUCGUCUCGCGUCCGGUCGGAGUGAAGUCCUCAUGGCUGCAAGUAAUUUUCCUUUCAUGAACGGUUUUAAGACUUUCAGAACUCUUACAUCGUACCGCGUUAUACUUACCUCGUUUGUUUCGCGAGAACUCUCCAGUGUGUGUGGAAACGAUCGUGUGAAAUUACUCGUCGCUUGAAUUGAUUCGAGUCCUUCGUUUUCUCGAAAUGUAUUGACUUGUGCCCGGUGCUUGAGUGAAUUGAAUGAGGCAACUGAUGCCCAAAAUUUCCAUCGACUCUCGUAGUUUCAUGUCGUUUCGUCGUUUUCGAACUUUAUUUGCGCCGUGCGUGGCUCGGUACCUCGUGUGCUCCGCGAAAACUCUUUAGCAAUGUGCGUGAAAACGACCGUGCCUAUUAAAUUGUCGUUGAAUUAGAUGAUGGCCGCCUUAGAGUGUUUCUCUUUUUCUCGAAAUUUGUAUUAUAAAUUGUGCCCGGCGUUUGGGUGAACAGAAUUUGGGUAAUUGAUGUUCAUGGAUGUAUCCCAAAUUUUCGUUGAUUUCCGUAGUUUCCAGUGUUUCGGUGUGCGUAGGUAUGUGAACCUAUCCAUUUUCCUUUGAACAUAUUCGCGCGGGAUUUUCAUAAUCGUUCAGUGCUGUUGAGCGGGGGCAGGAAUUCGGGCGUGACGUUUGUCCCUCGUUUAUGCGUAUUUCUAUGUGUGUGUUCGUGGUAUUUCCUAGACUUACAGUGUCGGCUUCGCGUUUGAAGUGUCUCUGCUUCUCCUUCUCAAUCUACCUACCACGGUUAAAAUGAUUAAUUGUUCCAUACCAUCUGAAGGAGUCGGAUAUCUGGUCAUUGCUUCCUUUGAUGUGUGAAUAUCUUGGCGUUGGUCUGGAUUCAGUGACAGUGUGGUGUCGUGAGUGCUUACAGCUUGGCGUCGGGCAAUUGGAUAACUCUCCUCUGAAUCCCGUGCCCAUGCUGUGACCUGUUGUUCGGUGAUGAUUUGAACGUCAUCGAGCCGAGGGCUUGCGGACCUGCCUCGUUCUCCAAUCGCGUCAAAUAAAAGUGCUCUUAGAAAGUGCGGAUAGAAGUUCUCUUUUAAUCAACCUAAGGAUGGAGAACGUUCCUUGUGUGGCUACCAAAUCGAUUGGCGUGUGAUACCGUUCAUAAAUUUUCUUGGUUAUUUGAGUCAAUUAAUCGGUUAAAAAAGAGAAUAAAUAAGUUUCUAGUGUUUAGCCAUUAGCCGAGUGCGACGAUUCAUUACUGGCUCCAUCAAUAAGUUCGACGCGAUGAUUCCCGCAGCCAGUUUUCCGCGUGGGAAUAUACACGGCAAGAAUGAAUGCUCAUCCGUUUUGAUGGAAAAAUAUUUUAGGUCUAUAUUUUACGAUCUCUUCCCAUAAGAAUAUAAUUUGACCAGUUUGAAUUCAUGGGCAUUGAUAUAUCAUCGAGCAAAAAAAGAUGUGAUAGAUCUCUAGGCGAUAUCCCGCAGUGAUGAGGUUGAGUGCGGGGUCCGUGUAACGAAUCGGUCGGCUAAUAUGCGCUGGCUAGCGGUGGUGUCGGUGGCGUUGGCGCUCUGCUUGGGGUCCGGGGCCGGCGCGUGGGGUCAGCGGAACAAGUCGGGGCUCCAAGUGGGCGAGCGCUACAAGCAGGCCACGGUGGGGGGCCGCGGGAGCAGCGGGGUCAAGAUCGGGACCGGAAACGCCUCGACCGGAAAUAAGUACAAGGAGCACCGCAACGUCUCGAUGAAAGGGCUCGCGACGACGACGACGUCGACGACGGAAGCGGCGGCGACGACCGAGGACGAGACGGUUUCCGGCGCGGCCACCGAGAACCCGGACCGCUUGAAAGUCACUCUGAACAUCGGGGUGGUGAUGCCGCUCAAGACCUUCUACCAGCGGGAUUACAAGAAGGCCAUGAGCUCCGCCCUGGCGGUCAUGCAGCGCAAGAAGCCGGACCUCUUCGCCCAGAUCGACGUCAAGCCCCACUACAGCCUCAAACAGGCCACGCCCAGCCCCACAGCAAUACUUAACUCUCUGUGUAAGGAGUUUCUAUCCGUGAACGUGUCUGCCAUUCUGUACCUUAUGAACUACGAAAAAUACGGUCGAAGCACGGCCUCUGCUCAAUAUUUUCUACAACUAGCAAACUACCUCGGAAUCCCGGUUAUCGCGUGGAAUGCCGAUAACUCGGGUCUUGAACGGCGAGCAUCCCAGUCAAGUCUUCAACUACAGCUGGCUCCUUCGCUAGAGCACCAGACUGCUGCUAUGCUGAGCAUCCUAGAGCGAUACAAAUGGCAUCAGUUCUCCGUUGUGACGUCACAGAUCGCUGGUCAUGACGAUUUCAUACAAGCGGUCCGUGAGCGGGUCACUUUCAUGGCGGACCGAUUCAAGUUCAACAUUUUGAACGCGGUCUUAGUGACGAAGGCCUCGGAUCUAAUCGAACUUGUCAACUCGGAGGCGCGAGUAAUGCUCCUGUACGCAACUCGGGAGGAGGCCAUUCACAUAAUGACCUGGGCCAGGGAGAAGAAAAUCACCGGCGAGAACUACGUCUGGAUUGUGACGCAGAGUGUCAUCGAGAACCACCAAGAUCCACCCUAUUCCUUCCCCGUCGGCAUGCUCGGGGUGCAUUUUGACACGCGCACAAAUAGUUUAGUGAAUGAAAUUUCGACGGCUAUCAAGGUCUACGCGUACGGUGUUGAGGACUAUAUCACGGACAAAGACAACGCCAACCACUCUUUAAACACUCACCUAUCUUGCGAAGGAGCUGGCGAGUCACGUUGGAAGGCAGGAGAUCGAUUCUUCAAAUACCUACGCAACGUGAGCGUGGAGGGGGAACAAGGAAAGCCGAACGUCGAAUUCACAGCCGAUGGUGUCCUCAAAGCUGCCGAACUCAAAAUCAUGAACCUCCGUCCAGGAGUCAACAACAAACCCGAUUGGGAAGAGAUCGGCGUCUGGAAAUCAUGGAUGGUGAAACCGGGGGAGCAGCUGGAUAUCAAAGACAUCGUUUGGCCCGGGAACAGCCACACCCCACCCCAAGGAGUGCCGGAGAAGUUCCAUCUGAAGGUGACGUUCUUGGAGGAGCCGCCUUACAUCAGUCUAGCACCACCGGACCCCGUCUCCGGAAAGUGUAAUAUGAACCGCGGUGUCAUUUGUCGGGUCGCUAAGGAAGCUGACAUCGAAAAUAUAAAUAUCCAAGAGGCCCAUAAGAACGAAACGUUUUUCCAAUGUUGCUCCGGAUUCUGCGUGGAUCUGCUGGAGAAAUUUGCCGAGGAGUUGGGCUUCACAUACGAGCUUGUGCGCGUAGAGGAUGGGAAAUGGGGAACGCUCGAAGAGAAAAAUGGGAAAUGGAACGGCCUAAUCGCCGAUUUAGUGAACAGGAGAACGGAUAUGGUGAUGACAGCUCUCAUGAUCAACUCGGAGAGAGAGGCUGUGGUUGAUUUUUCAGUGCCUUUUAUGGAGACUGGGAUUGCCAUUGUUGUUGCAAAACGGACCGGCAUCAUAUCACCAACUGCCUUUCUGGAACCAUUUGACACUGCCUCUUGGAUGUUGGUUGGAGUUGUGGCAAUCCAAGCAGCAACAUUUACUAUUUUUCUUUUUGAAUGGCUCAGUCCUUCCGGCUUCAACAUGAAGGCCACCGCUCCAUCGCCUAAUCAUAGAUUUUCAUUAUUCCGUACUUACUGGCUCGUAUGGGCAGUUCUCUUUCAAGCGGCUGUUCACGUUGAUUCGCCCAGAGGAUUCACAGCUAGGUUCAUGACAAAUAUCUGGGCAAUGUUCGCAGUCGUGUUUCUUGCCAUCUACACUGCCAACUUGGCUGCGUUCAUGAUAACCAGAGAAGAAUUUCACGAAUUCAGCGGUAUCGACGAUCACCGGCUGAGCAAACCGUAUAGCCACAAGCCUGUCUUCAGAUUUGGGACGAUUCCCUUCAGUCACACCGAUUCGACGCUGAAGCGGUAUUUCAAAGAGAUGCAUAAUCACAUGCGCAAAUACAACAAAUCUUCUGUGAAAGCAGGGGUUGAUAGCGUUGUAAGUGGAGAACUUGACGCUUUCAUUUACGACGGAACAGUUUUAGACUACUUGGUUGCUCAAGAUGAGGACUGCCGUCUUCUCACUGUCGGUUCGUGGUACGCCAAAACAGGUUACGGACUGGCAUUUAGUAGAAAUUCAAAAUAUGUACAAAUGUUCAAUAAACGAUUACUAGAUUUUCGAGAGAAUGGUGAUUUAGAACGAUUACGAAGGUACUGGAUGACGGGCUCUUGCAAACCAGGAAAACAGGAGCACAAAUCAAGUGAUCCUUUGGCUCUGGAACAGUUUUUGUCCGCCUUUUUAUUGCUCAUGUCUGGAAUUUUGUUAGCUGCUCUCCUUCUUUUCUUAGAACAUAUCUACUUCAAAUACGUACGCCAACACUUGGCCAAAUCCGAUCAGGGUGGUUGCUGCGCCCUCAUAAGCUUGAGUAUGGGUAAAUCUCUGACGUUCCGAGGCGCAGUCUUUGAGGCGCAGGACAUCAUUCGGCAUCACAGGUGCCGCGAUCCAAUUUGUGACACUCAUUUGUGGAAAGUGCGCCACGAGUUGGAUAUCGCCAAGUAUAGAAUCAAACAGCUAGAGAAAGAAAUGGAGGCGCAUGGCUUGAGGCCGACCAAAAGGCGGGCUGUGAACACCUCGGCAAACCAUUCGUGUUGUUGGGGAUGUUGUACGACGAAAGACUCACCGUCUCACGAGGCCACGCCACAAUUCUACUUUGCAGCUUCAAAUUUAGUUAAUACCCACCACGUGAGGAGCAAUGUAGUCGUAACGAAUGAAUUCCUUCCUCACCUUCCGUGCGACAGUAGCUUUUACAGGACGGAGGUUGCGGAAAUAGAAACAGUUCUGUGAUGUUAAAUGUUUUAUCAACAUUAGUUCGUUAGUGAAUACCUCUCUGUUUCAUGCUCAGAUCUGUGCUAUGCAGCGACUCAAUUUUUUCUCAUUUUUUACUCAAUUUAAGAUUUUAAUGGACUGGAGUCCUAUCGAAAA